UAAAUCUAGAGCGCGCCACUCGUGUUUAAUAUUGUUGACGAAAUUGUUGAACGAACAAUCGAAAAGGUACGGGAUCUUCAGUGUGUAUUUGUGACUAAAUUUAAACUGAACGGAUAAAGCAAUCAUCAUACUGAUCAAUUGCCGAUUUUAUGGACUUUUAUUAACGGGCUGUAAAACUUUCACACUUUCGUCGCUGAAUCUUUGUUGAGUAACAAAGCCAUACAGUGACAGCAUCUGACAUUUCAAACGUAUGAUUUCAUGUCCAUUCAACGCUUAGUCGGCCAUGAGUCGCUUGGGUUCAAAGUUGUCAUUGCUCAUAUGAUUGUUUACUCUAUUAUCUUAGGGAAUCGAUGAAAUUAAGCAUUUGAAAGUCGAGUACGACAUAUGCCAUCGUCGCCUACACUGACCCACCAAAAUUAUCAUACACGUCGUAUUGCUGAUCGCCGGUUGUCUACUCUAGAUUUUAUGUCAUUUGGCGUAUUAAUAUGAAACGUAAACAGAAAUUACCAAGGUAAGGGCCAAACUUAACUUUUAAUUUGAUGAACGUUAUGUCUUAUUGUAGGACUACAAAGGUGUGAAUAGAACACACGUGCUUUACAGCGCGGAGCGCAUUUUGGUUCACUGACAAAAGAUGGCUGUUAAUCUAAAUGUGAACACCACAUACUGUUAUGACGAAAGCUUACAAACAGUACUAUUGCCCAAGUUCAGAAGUAACAUAAGACGGCAUAUGAUGAACCAUACUAACAGAAUAUCUACAACAAUUUAUUGUUGUCAUUAUUACAGCAACAUCCAUAGUCAUAGAUCAUAGCGAGCUAUUUCUAAUUCGAGGCUACUAUUCACGCAUAAUUUAGUAAUUAAGUAGUUGUAGACAAAGGCAAAGUGGCGCUUUUUUUUCAUCUUUAGUCACGGUGCUUGUUGCCAUUUGUGCAGGUUUCUGCGGCAACGCUGAUAUAUACAUGCUAUACGAGAUUAUAAGAUAUACGAGAUCUGCGAUGCAUUGGGUUUUAUUUACAGCUGGGCUUGAACACAUCUUGACUCGUGACCAAAAUAUCAAAAUACAUGGUACAAUGACGUUGAUAUUCCCGUCGCUUUCUGUCUUCUGACCCUGGCUAUACGAGAAUGAGAGUCGAACUCCCGCUCACGUUUUAUUGCUAAUUUUGGCCACUCUCAUCAACUGAUAUGAUAUCAGACCGAUCUUUCGCAUGUAUAAAUUUAAUAAUGAGGUUAUUCCAGAAAGGUUGAUAUAUUCGAAUAAUGGCUUAAUCGGCUUGAUUUGACAUAAGUGGUACAGGCCGGAAAAUGAUAUUAGACAUUGCGGCAUAAAGGUGAUAAAGCACUUGGUAUACAAUUACAAACUAUUAAUCCCCGAGCCAACGGCGCGGAGCGCCGUUCCGUGCGUAAGCCCUUGGCGAGGGCACUAAUUCCCCCCGGCUAUUUACACCCGGGGAAACGAAAGCAUUAGCGAAGUUUAAAGUUCAUCAAUGAUCGCGAGCGUGGCUCACCAACGGUGUUGAGUGGGUGCAUGGUCAUCCUCACUGAUCUCAAAAUAUGUAGCGGACUGUCGUGAAUAGUGAACACUGACUGGCCAAAUUUGAAAUUUGCAGUAUAACGAAAUAACAAACAGUGGCGGAAAUUCACUUUUUCCGGGUGGGUGGGGGGCAAAGCCUCCUAAAUUUCCGACGAAACUUUCAAAUUUCCGACAUACCCCCAUUUGCAUUCGAAAAGACUGUUUUUAGCCCUCUUUUAGGUCAAAAUUUCCGAAAAUUCGUCAAUUUUCCGUGAAGGUGGUGGAGCGGCCGCCUCCCCCGCCCCACCAAGAUAUCCGCCACUGAUUACAAACAUUUCUUGCAAGUUGUAUAUUUGCAAAAUUUUGUCAAUUUCAAAACCUUUCCGAUAGCCUAAACACGUCCAAAAGAAUGGAGCAAAGUCGCCGACGUUAAUGAAGGUAAAUUUUGAAUAUUGAUGUUUUGUUUGUUUGUUUAUAGCAGUUUAUUUCAAACUCGAUGUUUACCGAUAAUUCGAUAAAAGCCAGUUUAGUUUUAAGAACAUUUUAAAACGUUUUGCGAAGCGUUUGUGAAUUGUGAUUGAAUUUUACAUUAAAUUGAAGCUUAUAUUACGUAUAAUAGCAUACCUAGCAUAUAUAUGUUUGGGAAAUUGAUCAUUUUGUAAUUAAAAGUGAUAUUUUGGGGGAUUUUUCAAUUUUAAAACUAUUCUAAAAAUUAUCGUGUUACCACGACAACUACUUUCAAUACUUCAUGUUCAGGAAACAUAAUGGUUUUGUCAGUAAGGCGAGGGUUUUUGCAUUCAUGUAUUUUCUAGUUUAAUAGUAUGAAUAUAUGCUGUAUGGCUAUUAGUAAAACACGGAGCACACGGGACACGGAGCACACGGAGCGGCGGAAAAACCACGAACGGUGAACCGUGAACCAUAGCCAUGCGCCCACGAUUACUGAUGAGCUUUAGACUUCGCUAAUGUUUUCCUCUCCCCGUGGGUAAAUAGCCGCGUGCGGAAUCAAUACCCUCGCCCCGGGUAUGUAUAUAUAUAUAUAUAUAUAUAUAUAUAUAUAUAUAUAUAUAUAUAUAUAUAUAUAUAUAUAUAUAUAUAUAUAUAUAUAUAUAUAUAUAUAUAUAUAUAUAUAUAUAUAUAUAUAUAUACAGCUAAUUCAAUAAAGGUUGUGUUUGCAGACCUUAAACUCUAAAACCUUAAACCUUAAACUCUAAGCGCGCAAAGCGUAAUGGGAGCUCUGUUUAAGCAGUUUAGAAAGCAUACAUGGAGUCCAUUUCUUAGAGACAUGGUAAAUAUGUGCCUGCGAAAACAUUUCACUCACAAACAGCUGCAAUAUUCAAAUACAAAGCUUGAAAUCAGUACUCCCAUUUUGCUUUGCGCGCUUAGAGUUUAAGAUUUAAGGUUUAGAGUUUAAGGUUUGCAAAGGACAACCUUUAUUGAAUUAGCUGUAUACAUAUAUAUAUAUAUAUAUAUAUAUAUAUAUAUAUAUAUAUAUAUAUAUAUAUAUAUAUAUAUAUAUAUAUAUAUAUAUAUAUAUAUAUAUUCGUUUUACCUCAAAAAACCACAACAGUCUGUUUCAUCUGUAUAGGAAUCAUUGCGACCAGCGAGCGAGCUGGGAGCAUCCUAAUCUGUGCGUAGAAAAUUUAAAUAUACCGCUGAGUUCGGAUUAGACCCGGCUCAAGAUUCACCGAUUCACCUCGGCUUGCAUUCCAUAUUUGGAACAUAUUUCCAUAUUUGGAAGACCGCAUGAAACGGUAUUUCCGCCGCUGUUAUGCCGCCCAGUGUUUUAUUUACUCAUCGAUACUGAUGCAAUUUUAUACAUGUACCUUUAACUUUUGUUCAUCAAAUUGUACAUCAAAUGAAGCUUAACUUAGCAUCUACUAACUAUUGUAAGUCUGUUAUUGAAGACAGAUCAGAUUUAAAUAAUCAAAAAGAUUAAAUGCUGUGCAUGAGGAUGUUGUGAUGUAUACAAAGAAACGUCUGUUGUUUGAAAGUCAUGUGCCGGGCUUUAAUAUUUAUCUUUAAAUUGUUAUUGACACGUCAUGGUAUUCAUAGAAGGCGACUUUGCGCCGUAGCGACAAUAUAAUCACAAAUGUAACUAUUUGUUAUGUAAUUUGUAGCAAGUGACGUAAUUGGAUACCAAUUAGUCAAGUUAAUAUUUUGAUAAAUUUAUCUAAAUUGGAUAUUCAGUGUAAAUGGGCCGACUUUUAUUAUACAGGGUGUAUCAAAAAAAACUGAACAGAUUUGAAAUUGCUCUCAAUUUCGCAAAACACCUAUUUGUAUCCGGAUUUUUUAUAUAUAUAGCUUUUUUGGGUACUUAUAAUGUAGAAUAAUGAAAAAAAUUUCUCGAACUCAAAUUUUGUGAACCAGGGGGGUGUGUCUUUUCCAACAAACUAAAAAUGGCUCGCGCACAAAAUUUAAAAGCUGUAAACAUAAUUUGAAUUAAUAGAUGGAACAUUUGUCGGGUUUUUAAAUACUGUGCAAAAUUUCAGACAAUUCGGUACAGUUUAAGCCCUUUAACUAUUCAUUUUGUUCUAAAAAAUCAGCCUUUCGCAUGCUUAAUUAUGCAUUUACCUAAUUUGCAUAUUGCUGACAUAUGCAAAUUAGGCAAAUGCAUUAAUUAAGCAUGCAAAUAGCUGAUUUUUAGGAAAAAUGUAACUUUGCGUGAAUAGUUAAGGGACUUAAACUAAACCAAAUUGUCUGAAAUUUUGUACAGUAAUUAAAAACCCGACAAAUGUUCCACCUAUUAACUCAAAAUAUGAUUCCAGCUUUUAAAUUUUGUGCGCGAGCCAUUUUUAAUUUGUUGGAAAAGACACACCCCCCUGGUUCACAAAAUUUGAGUUCGAAAAUUUUUUUUCAUUAUUCUACAUUAUAAGUACCCAAAGAAGCUAUAUAUAUAAAAAACCGGAUACAAAUAGGUGUUUUGCGAAAGUCAGAGCAAUUUCAAAUCUGUUCAGUUUUUUUUGAUACACCCUGUAUAAUGAGCAAUAUUGGCCCCAUAUAUUAUCGCCACUCCUUUGCAUAAACUUGAAAAGUUGUUACUGUUUUUUAUUUUGAAUAUAUCAAUAGACAAUAUGAAAUAAAGUACCUUGUCAUGUGCAUGUUUAUUUGACGCAAAUCGUUAUAUAAAAAAUAAAACAAACCCGACCGACCGACUUUUGGCAAAAGUAAAGGAUGAUCACCAACUAUCUGACCUAAACAGCGUGAGGCGGCGCGUUGUCAUUAGUGACUAAAGUCUCCAGGUCGCACUUUAAUAUAUAUAUAUAUAUAUAUAUAUAUAUAUAUAUAUAUAUAUAUAUAUAUAUAUAUAUAUAUAUAUAUAUAUAUAUAUAUAUAUAUAUAUAUAUAUAUAUAUAUAUAUAUUGUGUUUCGUAAACCAAAAUCUUAAGCUAUAUAUAUAUAUAUAUAUAUAAUUUGUUAUCUUAAAAUGUUUCAAUUUCUCGGCGAGAAAUUGAAACAUUUUAAGAUAACAAAUUAAUUCGCUCUGCUAAAUAAUUUGUAGUAUUGAGCACUCUUUUAUCUAUAACGAAAAACAAAACUGUUUAUAUAUAUAUAUAUAUAUAUAUAUAUAUAUAUAUAUAUAUAUAUAUAUAUAUAUAUAUAUAUAUAUAUAUAUAUAUAUAUAUAUAUAUAUAUACCGGGUCUCUCAAAAAAAGUAUCGGUGUUUUAUUUGUUAUACCGUUAAAACUGGACAAGGAGUUUCGAUCAAAUAGACUUCACUGAAUUUAGAAAGGCCCAACUUAAAUUUUGAUAUAUGACUUGAAGAUAUUUGAGCAAUAUUGAAUGAAAUACUACAGUUUCAUUUCGAAGAAGCAAUUUUGAAAAUGCUUAAAGGCAGGUUACAGUCCCUUCUGCGCAUGCGCGGGCUUUGUUUACGUUUUUUGUUUUGAUCCACAUUAAUUAUAUAAGAUGAAGUAUAUGACAAGUUCAAAGUAAUAUUCCACAUAAUUUGUGACCGAGGAGUGCAAUGUUUGACAAUACUUCGCUUCAUUUCUUGUACAUUUCUACACUGAAAAUUUUUUAACACAAUAGUACAAUCUUAUACUGUAACCGUUUAACUGUAAACAUCGUGAAUAAAGUUAUAAAGAGGCCGCUUUGAACGUUGUGUGACUUGCUAUAUCAACAGCUGGGGCGGUGAACCGAAAUCCCGAAGGUGUGAGUUCGAAUAAUUUGUCAGUUUACCUUUGGAGUGUCUCAUCAUGAACUAUAUUUAAUGCGGUAUCAAUCCCUCGAAACAUGUUGCCAGUGGUUGUUGUUGUCAUUAUGACAGAAGCGCUUGGCCUUGGGGAAAGCUUUUUGCUUGAUGAAAUUCGAAACAAGUGUGAUUGAGAAUGUGGUUCAGUGGUUGCAGUUCCUGUCUUCGUGGCAAAGCUAAGGGCGAAAUUUUUGACCGUGCAAAAGCUGGAUAAACAGCUUUUGUUCAAGCUCGUGCGCGCUAUGGAGAUGAUUUCGUUAUAAACAACAAAAGAGUUCAAUAGAUUGACAGUUGGCCUAUCAAAUUAACAUUUAAUUUAAUGCUGUUCUUGUCAACACAACGCACGAUAAAUAAUAUUUACGCAUUCGAUGAUUUAUUCAUCUGAAAAAGUAUGUCCUUGAACACCUAUACAACGUUGUGCUCUGUUAACCAUGCCAGAAAAAACGCUUUGUAUCAUUAAUUUUGUGCAUCUAAACUUUGGCACGCUAAGAUAACUCCCUCAAAUUUCUAGGCUAUAGACGUUCCAGAUUUGUUGCUUCAAUUCGAACUUUGGCAUUCGAAUUUUUCAUUUCCCACAAGGCCCGAAGGUCAAAAUAUUUUAUGUAAACCAUAAAAUAAUACAAGAUUGAAGCUAACUUCUUUAAAAUUUCCAACACUCCCGAAAAAAUAGCAAAUGUCUUCAAAGAAAUUUAAUAAGCCGUUUUAGUCGAUUUUUUUUCCAAUUUUCAAACAGAACUUUGGCUGAAAACAUUUAUAUCUCGUCCAAUAUGAAAUGAAAGAUCUAGCACUGUAUACCAAAUUAUUAUUAUGUAUGUUUUCAAAAAUAAUAAAGUUUUGAAAUUAACGUUUUAGCGAAUUGUAUAUAAUCGAAAUUUGCCUGCCCGCAGCAAAAUGAGACAUGUUAUGUUGUAAUCGAAUAUCCUUGAAAUUCAAGCUUUAAUAGGGGAUAUAUAUUCUUUGUGUGCUGCUUUCCAGUUAAGCGUUUUUCACACGAGCUGUACGCACGGAAUUUUAUAUAGAACUAAUUACCUGAACCAAUACACAUGAAAUCAUACAGAGAACUAAAUUCUAUCCUUUUAUUUGAUUAGUUAUUUCAUGAUCAUGAGUAAAAUUUAAAAGGAUUUAAACUUUUCCGUGCGUACACGCAUGUAUGAAUAAAGGAAUACCGAAUGGUUUUCCGUGCAGGAUUGCGUGAUCCAUGCACGCGGGAUGUUGCGAGACUUUCGGAAAGCUUAAAAAUACACGAGCCGUAGGCGAGUGUAUUUUUACGCUUUCCGAAAGUCGAGCAACAUCCCAAGUGCAUGGAUCAUGCUAUCCUACACGGGAAAACCAUUUGGUAAUUGUUUUAUAAAAUUACUACAGUGAAACGACGCUUAACUUGAUUAAAAUUACUGAUGAAAUGUGCAGUUCUCACAACAUUCGUUAAUUAACCAAUCAGAGAAUCGCUACUCCACGCUACUGAAAACAACAACAUAGGUGAGCAGAAUUUGAUCGCAAAUUCGCGAAAAUAUACAGCGAAAAUACAGGGACUUUUUCGAUAAAAUAUACGAAAUUUGAAAUGGAAAACCCUUUAAACAGAGAGCCAAAGUAGUUUUCAAGAUUCUCGACCUGAAUAUGUGAAGAUUGCGAAGCGUUUGAUCAACUUUGAAGCGAGAGAUGUUGUACUUGCAUGCCAUGGUCUGAUGAAUUUCAACGCUACUCGUUGCUACUUGCUGAAUAGCAAUGUAUUGUCUAUUGAUCAGAAAUUUAUUCAUACAACUAAACCAACGUCUCAAUAAUUGGAAACUUACUUCAAAGUCGAAAGGUAUUGUACAAUGAAACUUUACAAUGCGAGUAUAUUUGUAAAAUUAUGUCCAAGAAUUUCUGUUCAGAAUUUCCCGUGCAGGAUUGUCUGAUCCUGCACGGCUGUUGACCAAUCAAAUUGCGUGUUUCACUGUAGUUAUUAUAUAAAACAUGUUGGAUGAAUGUUACAAAAUAUUUCCUUUAUUUGCAAUUCUAAUUUAUUUAUUUAUUUAGUUUUGCCACAUUGAAUAUAUACAUUUAUUAUAUAAAGUUAUAAGACUACAAAGAAAACAAAAACAUACGAUUUAUAUGUGGCCGGGAACAUGGUAUCUUUAAAUAAGUACACAUGCAAAAAUUAGACACUAGCAAAACAUAUACUGACAAAAGGUCAGCAAGUAUCAGGUGUCAUAUCAUGCUGGGUUUUCAUAAUACAAUCGCGCGAUAAAAACAUGCAUUUUCCCCUCAAUAUUCCUUCUUUCUCGCUUUAUAUAUAACUUCCUUUAAGAAGUUCGCAUGGAUAUACAAAGUUGAGAUAUUGUACUUUCCCUUGCACGCAGUGGAUUUUGGAAAGCGCUGAAAAAGACCCUGUACUUUUGGCAUUGAAAUUGCAUGUUUCUGUCGCCGUCUAUCAGAAACAUACCGUCGAGACGCCCGGAAGCUGCCUUUUAAGCGCUUGAACACCAUUUUGCGAUGCGCAAUGUUAAAACGUUCGCACGGAUUCAUAAAACAUGGCCAUGGGUUCUUGCGAUUAUUUCGAUAGGCGAGUUGUUACUAAUUUUGGCGUAAUAUUUGUUCUGUACUUUGGGGGUUGCAAAUUUUAACUGUAUGCGCAAAUGGCGCAGUGACUUCUAGUACAGCAUUUGUAUGGCAUUUCCGGAUGCUUGCAGGAUUCAUUUUAGUGUCAGUAGCGUAGCCAGCCCGUCGAUUUAGUCCCGCUAUGCAAAUAUUUUCGUGUUCAUUGACUGUGAAAACAAUCAAUUUCUAAAGAAAUGAAUAAUGAUAAAAAUUUUGAAUUUGCAUAGCGGGACUAAAUUGUCGGACUGGCUGCACCACUGUUUAGUGUUUGCAUGUACUUUCUGGGAUUGAUGCGGCAAAUGAUCGGAUGGGUAGAUGAUCAACAGGGAAAAACGAUGGAAAUAAUCGCUCGUCAGGAAAAUCCGUUAUUCGUAGUGGACGUCAAACAAGUAUUAAGGUUCUUUGAGUUGUUCUUUGCAUUAGUUUGCAUAUUUUAUACUGUAAGACAGUACUAUGGCCGACUUGUUAUUGUUUGCAUGCUAUUUUUAAAUUUUGAAAUAAAAAAUUGUUGGAUUAUAAACUUUUUUCAGCCGACUAAUAGACAAUUUGUUCAAGGUCACCUUAAAAAAACAUAAGGAUAAAGUGUUCCGUCACUAAAAUGUUGGAACAGUCAUUAUCAGUGAGAGGAUAGUUAGUGCGUUCUAAGGGCACUCCAUCUUCUACAACAUUGUAGAACGCUUCCGCCGGUCAAAGUCCCUUCCCUUCGGCCGCCAUAUUAUCAGUGUUGUUAUGAUGCUCAAAUGAAAUAUGAAAUCACGAAACUGACAAAAAUAGCAACUGCGCGUGCGCAAGACGCAAAGGUCCAGUUUAAUAGGCUCAUGCGGCCGCGGCGGGGCGGCCAAUUUCCAUGUUCUCGGAUCAUCGGAAAUAAAGAUUGUAGAGGUUACUGUAUGAUACAAUUGCUCCAGCAUGCUAAACCUUAGCAACGUUAUGUCCGCAUUUCGUCAGGCAAUUGGUUCCAAAUUAUAUACACGUUAGUGAGAAGAAUGAGCGUUGGAAUGUAUAUUUAUAUAUUAUAGCCUAUAGGGAAAUUUUGUACUUCUCGAUGUACUGAUCGCCAAGAUCAAGUGUUAUAUUUCAGUCUUUGCCAAAGGAAAUUUCGGAAACAUUGAUCCUUUAGAUAAAAUUGUUCAUACUAAUUGUUCUUGAAAGGGUUUUCUCACAAUACUCAAUGCAAGUACGUUUAUUUACGUGAUCGCAUGGUUGAGCGGAGUGAUGUUGCAUGACACAAUGGUGGUGCAUUUUAUAUCAUUUUGUGGUGUCGAUCAUAGCAAUUCACUGAAGAAGUCGAAAUGUAUACAGUGGAAAAUGCUCUAAGGUCUAGGAGACCUGUUCAUUGAGCUUGAUUUACCGUGAAGUUCAGCCGAGUGGGAUGAAAUAUUUCGGCUGUGUUCAUAUGACCGUUUUUAUCCCACCUCGGUGGGACGACCUUAGUGAGUUUACGCAUGUAAGACGGCGACGUCAGCACGACGGCUAAACGAACUGUUUGAAAUAAAUGAUUCUAUGGAAAUCUUGUCUUGUAUUUACUUUCGUAUUAAUUUAAUAUAGUUUCAAACAAACAUUCCGAGCAAUUUCGAUCAACUCUGCUAGAAAAACUACCUGUCAUGGUUUGAAAUGCUAGCGUACUAUACGAGACGUGAAACCCAACCUCUCUUGGACGACGUCGAAAAUUCUUGCUUACUAGUUUCUCUAGUCUUGUGCUAAAGGAUUAAUGUCAUUUUGUGGAUGGCUAGUUGUCGUCCUGACGUCGCCGUCCUACAUGCGUAUCAACAUCCUAUUCAACCUCUUCCCCAGGGCCUUUUGAGGAAGGAGGCGAAGGGCAGCGAAGGCCCUGGUAAAGGCUGGUCACGUGAUGCUUAAAAUUUUGAACAUUUCAGAAUAUUUAACUUUUCAAACCGGGGGUGCGGGCUGCUUUGAUUUUAUCAAACAUGGCCGUGCAAAGGCGCGAUAGAAGCUUUUGCGACUGCAACUAUGAGGAUAAACUUUUCAACUUACAGUGGGAAUAAAUAUAUAGUCUGCGAUGUUUUUCAAAAAAAAUAUGGAAUAUAAUCAACAGUAAUACUUGUCGAAGAUCAAGAUUCAAGAGAGAAGAGUCUAAACACUGACUGACAACACUAAAUACUUCUUUUCAGCUUGGAAGCGUGUUAUAUAAAGUUUCGCCUAAUAUGUAAAUCAAGGGAAAUCUCUAUCACAUAUAAAGUAUUAAAGAUACGACACGCUUAUGACUUUUCUUUGUGUUUUCCUCAUGAAUUAUUUAAAAUGAGUUUUUGAAUAUACAUUUAUGCACUGUAUAUUAAUAUUUAAGGUGAAAUUACAUACUGCCGAAUGAAUACAAACCGAAUGCGUACCUGUUUACAGUAUUAACUAUAGCUGUUUUCUUUUUAUAUUUAAUAGUUCUAUCGAUCCAUUCGUGUUGCACUGUUGCUUUGUAUAUUUAAUAGAUCUCAUUCUUUUACAGUUCAACCAAGGUUCUCAGAUCUAAUUUGAAGACAAUUUCAUAUUUAUUCAAUAUUUAUGGAAGAACUUAACAGAUUUUUUUCAUUUUAAGAUUGAUUUUUGUUCAGUUAUUUGUCCAAUUCGGUGUUUAUAUUAUAUUGACGAAUAUACAGCGAUCCGCGAUUGCACCCCCCGGUAUAGCAUUUGCUCCGCUUUAUCACGUGACAAAAUAAUCCACAAUUUGUGGAUUAUUUCACCAGCCUUUACCACGGCCUUCGCUGCCCUUCGUCUCCUUCCUCAAAAGGCCCUGGGGGCGAGGUUGCAUCCUAUUAUGCAAAUAUGGCAUCUUCGAAAUAUUUUCCGUUAUUAUGAUUAAACAAACUGUACCUUGUGUUACGACUUUAGUAGGGUCUGUUUAGGUCUAUUAAUGUUUAUCUUUUGUUUUUACUUUCCAACUAUGCCGUUCAAUACCAUAGCUUAGGUUACAAUGGGCGAAAAAUGUCAUUUUGGUCAGGUGGGAUAAAGCUUUCAAAUUAAUUUCACAUAGAAAAUUUUAUUCCCCUUGACUGAAAUCCCACAUGGUACAAGAUGAGAUCUCACCGAGCAGAGUGGCUUGUUCUCAUAUGAACACAAGUUGAGUAUUUACAUGCGUUAACAAUAGUGCAUCAAUACUUCACUCAGGCGUGUUCCCUGUGUAUAUUUGGGCUCGUAUACAUCAGACAUGUAAAUUCAGGUGCAGAUUAUAUAAUCAACUUAAGAUCUUUUUUGAAACAUCUAAACAACGAACUCUGCCAAACAGAAGACGACCGACAUAUUCCGAUUGCAAUAUACGGGGGUUUCAUUGUAUUCCGUUGGUUCACUAUACAUCUGUUUGAAAGACGAUUUAGAUUUGGAUUCAUAUUUUUUUGGCAAUUAUUGUUGUGGAGCAAGAACCAACUGGAUUGCUAGAAAAAAAUUGUAAUAGAACAAAUUAUAGAAAACACAUACUCGAUAAUAAAGGAAUCGAUGUGUGGAAUAAUCUUGCUAAGCAUUAUAAAUAAAUUAGAUCUUAUCAAAACAACUAUGAAAUUAUGAAAAAGUACUUUCUUCAUUCACAUUCAAAUAAAUAUAAUUUUUGCCGCUUAAAUAUUAAAUUAAAGAAAAGUUUAAUUAUUGUAAUAUAUAGCUUACUUUUAUCUUACAGUUUCCUUACUGUAUAUAUCACUUUAUUUUCUCUGAAAACACCUUAACUGGUAUUGCAUGUAGACUAUUAUUAUAUUAAUUUAGUUUAAUCUUUUAACUAGGGACCUUAAAUAAAACCCUUAUGGUUUCUAGAUAGUUCCUAACCCCACCAUUGUAUAUAUGUCUUAUUUUAUAAUUAAUGUAAUUUGAGUGAAUAAGUAAUAAAUAAAUAAAAAACAAAGAUUAUGAAAGAAAAUACUUAAAAGCCCGUUUACACUUGCCCAAAUUUUGCUGCAAUCUCCCGUGUGAUUUUCUUCUUCUGAUGCAUGUGAACGAGUAGAUGAGUUGAGUAUAUGUACCCUCAUAUGAACUUUCAUCACUCAUCCAUGCACUCGUUCACAUCACAUGCAGAAGACGAAAAUCACGGCAAACGGAUUGCAAGUGUAAACAGGCCUGUUGCAAAACUGACGUAAAUGCCGUUCUAUGACAACAAUACACCUUUCCGGAACGUACGUCACCUUGGCUAUAGAACUUCGUGUACGUGAUAUUAGUUCAAGCUUUACAUCUCAAUCACGAAAACAAGGCUCUAUAGCCAUGUUGACUUUCUUUCCGGAAUCGUGUAUUAAGCUAGCAUAGACGUAAAUGUGUCUGACCCCAUGCACAAUUAUCUAGUACGUAAUUAAAAUUUAAUAUAUAAUAUGCUUCAACUUACUUUUGAUUGCAGUUUUUUGAAAAAAUUGAAUAUAAAAUUAAAUGUAUUUAUGUAGAUGAAAUAAAUUAUAUUAAUUAUAUAAUGUUAAUCAAGUACUAUAUGUUUUUCCAAUUUGUAGACGUACACGACGACAAACGCCUCUCAAGCCUUCCGGCAAUACUGAGGUAUUUACUAGCCCUUAUGGUGCUACAGGAAAUCUUCGCAAAAUUGAAGAAGAGUUCAAAAUUGAAGAAGAGUUCAAAAUUGAAGAAAAGUCCAAAUUUGAAGAAAAUCCCAUUAAUAAUUUAAAUGAUGAGAAAGGUAAACGAUCUUGUGAAACGAAUAAGUUUGAAGACAGAAAUGACGUCCAUCCACAACAAAGUUUCUAUAAUUCUGAAAGUAGUUUUUUAAGCCAAGAAAAAGGCAUCGAGAAAAAGCCCCAAGAAACUCCGAUUAAUUCAGACAAUUCCAUUAGCAAAGAACGCGGAAACACCGAUGCUGACGCACUAAAACGGAAUCUGAAAAGGCCAAUUGAUGACCCUGCUCCAUCAGUGGAUGCAGCAAAGAGACCUACAGCGUUUGGAAACUUCAGAAAUGAAUCAGAGGAUGGCGGAAUGCCUGUUAUUCUUAACGUAUUUACAUUAUCCCAAUUACCUACUUCUUAUAUUAAACAUAAAACGACAAAUGUAAUACAUAAAAAUAAUUUUCCUGUUACACCUCCAUGCUCUCCUCCACUUCAUAGUGAAAAAACAAUGCGAUUUCCCUCGGGCAAUUGGAAGACCAAGCAGCCUCUAAAGGAGCACGUAACAAUAUCAAAUGUUCAUAAUAUUUACAAGUCACCGGUUAGACACGACCGACAAAAUAUCACCAAUGGAUGCCCUGCUGCAAUGAACCAAUAUAUGUACCAAACAAAUUAUACCGUUGAAGAACAAACAAAAAGAUGUUGCAGAAUCAGUAAUGGCGGCAGUAUCCAAGCCACUGUAAAAAAUAAUAUAAUUCCCUAUGCGAGGAAAUUUGCUCCAACUGGUUUUGUACCAGAAGAAAGCAAAUCGUUAUCAAGAUCUAGCAGUCAAAAAGAACAAGAUAUUUCUAAAGCAACCAGAGCUUCUGAUUUCUGCGUUUAUUCCGAGUUGCCGCAAGAUGAACGAAGAAAGCAUUUUUCUAAUAAUGAAAUAUCAAGUAUUGCGAACCGGGAACACAAGGAUAUUGAUCAAUCUGGAUUACAAAGUUUGCCAACUUCUAAGAACAAGGUAGCUUACUGUGAUAAACUUGUGCCGGCGUUAGAAGAAAAGAAGGCAGGAAAUAAUAAUUCGAAUAUUUUACCAGAAGCUACAUUAACAUGCAAAACAUCUUACACUAUGAUUCAACCUAUGAAUGGAAGCAAGAGUGUUAAGAGCCAUGUUUUCUUAUCACCACGCGAUAUCAAGGUUCUACAGUUAAAGAAGAGGUUACAAGAGCAAGAAGCAGCGUUAAACAAACUGCGCAAAACUCUUUAACAUGGACAAAUUUUUGCGUUGAAGCAGUUUUACUGUUCUUCUUGUUUUGGGGGUGCGGAAAAUAUAUUUUUUGUUCUACCGAUAAAGAGGUUACAAUGUUUAGCGGAUAACUUAUCUUCUGACAUUCUACGCUAACAUUAUUUAUAUCGGUCUUUAUAGCUUCUUGUGUUCAUUUUUCUCUUUAUCUUGAAAGUAACAUUUCGUUCCAGCUCAUUAUAGUGAAUGAAAAAACACGACUUCAUUUAAUAAUAAAGUGACAGUAUUUUUAUUCUAAACGAACACAUUAUACAAUUAUAUUGUACAUUAUUAUAAUUUUGUUAGGCUGCAUGCAAUAUUUAUAUAUUAUAUAUACGAUUUAUUAUUCAAAAAAUUUCAAAAUGUAGUUCACGUAACCUUAUUUGGAUUAAAGUUCGAGGAAGUGGGAUUUCAACUCUCAGACUUUUGCAUGGUUUGAGAAUAAAUCGGGAUAAAGGUACUAUUUACGUCCAUGUAUACACACGAGUUGGAGUGAUGAAUAACAAAGUGAAGGCUGGAAAAGUUUGUCUUGUCUCGAACGUUGCAUACUGAGUGUAUACGAGUAUUUAUGAAAAUUUAAUGAUGUGGAUGAUAAAUGCGAUGGGUCCAGUUUUACAUCCUUGAUGAACUCCUGCUUUGACUCGAGCCUCCUGUAAGAUCGCAUCGACUGCUCCAGUUCUGUCGCCGCAUUUAGCAGCUUCGAGUGUGUUGUCACAUAGUUAAUAUAAUGAGAGGGUUUGGAAUGCCAGAUCACGUGACAAAAUAACUUAUUGUUCUCGGUUACGUGGAACUUAUAGUGCAAUGCUUGAGGUGUUCACGUAUACAAUAGUAUACAGAGCCUAAAAACAUUAAAUUUCAUUGACUCUUCCGCGAUGCCGGGAGCGAAUUGCUCCAUAUCAACUGCGGUACAUGUCGAAAUAAUUUCGGAAAAAGACGCAUUAUCAACGAAAACUCGUGAAGCGUGGAUCAACACAAUUACAAAGGACCGUGUAGUGGAUGAAAGUUUGCGAUGGCAAAUAAAAAGAUGGGACGUUGUAUGUUUGCGAGAGAGACUUUAAGAAAGAGAAAUAUGAAUGUACUUAUGGACAUUAUUCUUAAGACUUCAUAGACUUUUAGUUUAAUAAUAAUACUUUACAGUGUAGGUCUCGGGCUUUUACACUUUCACUUUAUGGUGAUCCCAGAGCCCAUCGUUGUGUGGUACGAGUUUGGCUGUGAUUUUAUGGGUAAUUUUCUUCUGAUAAAUGGGAAUGUGCUAAUUAGUUAACUUAAGAAUGACAUGAGUGUUCUUACUGUGUGUAUCCAUUUAUUUUCUGAACAUUCAUAACUUAGAAGUUCAUUCUCAUCUAUCAAAAGUAGGUGGAGCAAAAAUUGCUGCAAUCGUGUUAAUACCACAGGCACAGUCAUGCUAGAAAUGCAAUGUAAUUUGUAUUAUGCUCAAAUCAUACACUACACAAUGUAUGUUUAAUUAAGCCACAAUACUAGUCCAUAUGAUUUUAACCCUUUAAAAGGUGGU